AUGAUCACCACCCCCGAAGGAUUCCGCUUGUACUACGCCCUAAGGUACAACUUCCAAACUUCAAAUAACGAGGCAGAAUAUGAGGCGGCCAUAGGAGGGUUGCGAUUAGUCAUCGCCCUUCACGCCGCCCGGGUGCGCAUAAAGACGGAUUCCCGCCUAGUGGUUAACCAGCUGAAAAAUGAAUGUGUGACCAGAGAAGAAAGGCUGAUACUCUAUAAGGACGUGGCUGAGGGACAACUGGAUAAAUUGGAAGCCUAUGAGUUCGCCCACAUCCCACGAGCGGAAAAUACGAAGGCAGAUAUCUUGUCCAAGCUGGCUGCGGGAAGUGUGCCUCCCUACCUGUCGAUGACUUGUCGCACCGAGAUCAUAGAACGGCCCAAUACUGAGGUGCUCUCGGUUUGCACAGUUGUCUGGGCACCUACUUCACCGCCUAGACCGGAGGACUCCUCUGCUUGGCCAUGGUUUACGGACAUGGUCAGGUACAAACAGAAAUUAGAGUUACCGGAUAAAAAGGAGGACGAUGAUCGCAUCAGGAGGUGGGCUCCCUCCUAUGAGUUGGUGGACGGCCUGCUCUAUAAGUGGUCUUACGGAAGUCCCCUACUGCAUUGCUUAUCCCCCGAGGAGGCUAAGACUGUGAUGGCUGCCGCUCACCGGGGAAUCUGUGCGGCCCAUCAGGGGGCCAAUACUUUGGCCAGAAAACUUAUCAUUCAGGGCUAUUACUGGCCGAACAUGUGGGCCGAAGCGGAGCCUUUGGCGACUAUCACCGAGUAUAAGUGCCGCCGGUUUGUCUGGAAGAACAUCAUAUGCAGAUCCGGACUGCCCAAGCAAUUAGUAACCGACAACAGACGACAAUUCGACAACCGAGCCUUCGCAGCCUUCUGCGUGCAGAACGGCAUCCGGCACAUCAAGGUAUCUUUGGCCUACCCUCAUGCCAAUGGCCAGAUCAAAAAUCUGAAUCGUGCCCUUCUAGACGGGCUGCGAAAGAAACUGGAAGAGCUGGGUGGCACAUGGGUCGAACAAUUGGAAAAAGUACUGUGGGUCUACCGGACUACCCCGCUCCAGGCAACGGCUGAAACUCCAUUUGCCUUGGCGUAA